GAAAGUUUUUACAAAUACAAAAUAUCUCUCAAAAUAGUGAGGACAGGUGUUUGUAAAAUGAUCAAUGAAACAAUUUUACAUUAGUUUAUUUUGCAAAUAUAUUAUAUAUAGUAUAUGUCAUCAUAAGAAUCUAACAUACUCAAAUAUUGAGAAGACAACAUACUAAAUUUUUAUUUUAAGUUUACAUAACCAUUGUAAGUACAAACCGCAAUGUAUUUUUGUACUAAAUUCAUCUUUAAAUCAGUCGGAAAACGAUUUUUAUCAACAAAGAAGUUUCAAAGUGUUACGCAUUGCAUUUUUGAUAUGGAUGGUCUACUUUUAGAUACAGAACUUGUCUACAAGAAAAUGGUUACUCAGCUGUGUGCAUCAUAUGGGCAUGAAUACACUGAUGAACUUAUGAUGAAGGUUUUGGGAGGAACUGAGCAGCGUUUGUCCGAGAUUUUGUGCAAAGAAUUAAAUCUUCCAGUAACUGCAAAACAAUUUAGAAAUCAAUUGCUGGAACUAGGUGAUACAAUGCUUGCUGGCACUCCUCUGUUAGAUGGGGCAGAAAAAUUAAUAAGGCACUUGCAUAAUAGUAAAGUUCCCUUUGCAUUAGCAACUUCCUCUAGUGAAAGAUCUGUGGUUACCAAGGUAGCUGCACAUAAAGAGUUGUUCAAAUUAUUUAACCACAUGGUUAUGGGAAGUAGUGACCCUGAAGUAAAAUUUGGAAAACCAAAUCCAGACAUCUUUCUAGUCGCUGCUGCCCGAUUUCCUGAUAAACCACACCCCUCUAAGUGCUUGGUGUUCGAGGACUCUCCGCACGGUGUCACAGCAGGAGUUGCAGCAGGCAUGCAAGUGGUUAUGGUGCCCGAUCCGCAUUUAGAUAGAAAACUGACUGAACAUGCCACCAUAGUUCUUCCUACUUUGUCUAAAUUUCAACCGGAGCUGUUUGGAUUACCAGCCAUGAGGUAGAUAAGAAAAUGCCAGCAUCAGUGUCAGCUUUGUUACAUUAGUUCACUCAUAGGUACAGUAUAAAUAUAGAGUGCAUGUGAUUACGAGCAGAUUCGCUUAACUUAACCAAGACUUAACUAAAGAAAAUCUGAAGAAACAAAACAAGAUUCUGCCGAAUCGGGAUAUUAUAUUAUUAAAAAUUGAUCAGUAUAAACUUCUUUAUAUUUAUACUGUUUAUUAGUAUUGAAUAAAAUGUUGGUGGUAACUAAGUACAGUAAGUACCUACUGGAACUUCACCAGCACUAGUGCCUAGUGGGAACAAACAAAUCAAAUUACAAAGGUUUCAUAAUGAGUAUAAUGACAACAAAUAGUGUUCUAGUCCACAAGUGUCAGCCCAUGUCACUGACACUCGGGUCACACUGAGGGGGCUACCGCAUACAUCAAACGGCAGUAGAUUCAGAGAGUAGGAAUUUCUAAAUAAUGGAGCUUUCUUAGAUAAUAGUAAUUCGUAGAACAGAUUUUAGGUUACUUUCCGUUCAGUUGUCUCAAGGUUCGAGUAUCUCAAAGGAUUUCUAUUUUAUGUUUAUUGCUAUCGAGUGACAGAAAAAAAUGUAACAAGUGCUAAAAAUCGGCGUAUUUUAUUUAAUCAGAUUAUUUUCUAUGGUACUAAAAAAUGGUUUAUACAUUCACGAGCAUUAGGGUGCCUUUCCACUAGAGACAUGCUACGCUACGUUGCUUGGCAGAUGCGUCUGAUAUCCACCAAUCAGCGUAGUCGAAACCGUUAAUCCCACUAGCGCCAUGCUUUGUGGAACAAUUAACAUGAUUGUUGGGAUGAUGUCAAACACUAACAUAUCGCAUUUCUGGUGGAAAGGCACCCUUAGCACCCGUGCGCGAGCCCGAGAGAACACGAAUUAAACUACGAUGUUUGCAGUAGGCCCUCUGUUGACAUUGCAAAAGACAGCAGUGUUUGAUGCAAGCCCUCAGGUCUGACACUUUUACUUGGCAUAUUAUCCCCGAUAUAGAAGAGUUCGUCUAGUAAUACAGAAAUAUUUUGUUUAUUCUAAUAACCUUUACACAUCUAGGUAUAUCACGACCCAGUAGGUAAUAUGUUGAUUGUACAAUAAAGUUGCAUGUGACUUAUAUUGUAAAAAAAAAAGAACUAAAAAAAUGUUAACCACAUUCUCCUCUCAGAAAGCAGUUCUGCAUGCAUAUUAGGCUUUAAGAUUUGUUUUUAGUUUAGUAGCAGAACUUAGUUAGUUUCCUUGGGCCGCCUUACAUCAGUCAUGUAUUAUAAUACCCAUCAAUAAAAGAUAAAUCGUCAUUUUCUUCCUUUUAGUAUCAAUGAUAUUUCUUGUAUUUAGAUUUAGUUAUUGUACAAUACUGCCAUAAAAAAAACUAGAUUAGUUAUUCUCAUUAUCUUGGCCUUAUCCCAGUGACUUGGGGUCGGCGCAGCAUGUCUUUCUCUUCCAUAUAUCUCUGUCACUCGUCAUCUCAUCAUUAACUUGUUUUAGUUCCAUAUCAUGUCUCACACAGUCCAUCCACCUCUUCUUCGGUUUUAACC